AUGGCUACCACCGAAGCAACAACCGCCGCUCCCAACAGCACAGCUUUGCAGGGAGAGGUUUCUAGUGUCAUUCCAGAUACCACAGAGACGAAGCCUGCUGUCGAGCCUUCUUCUGCCCCAACUGAGCCGACCCCAGCCCCAGCAGAAACCCCGGUCGCCACCGAGAAGGCUGCGGAUGCCGAAAUCCCCGUCGAAAACAAGGCGACCCCGAUCGAGGAGCUUUGGGCCCUCGCCCAGGCACAUGGGCACCCCGAGAUUUGGGGAGUCACACUCGCAGACCCGGCGACCCACGUCCCAACCCAGGUGAUCUUACAAAAGUACCUGAAUGCCUACGACGGAGAUCUCGCAAAAUCCAAAGACACCCUCACCAAGACUCUGGAAUGGCGGGCCAAGAUGAAGCCGGUGGAACUGCUCAAGAAGAAAUUCAACCGGAGCAAAUUCGCUGGACUGGGAUACACCACCGUCUAUGGUGAUGCUGAUCCAGCAGCCGACCCGGAGACCAGGGAGGUGUUUACUUGGAACAUCUAUGGGAGCGUCAAGAGUCUGGAGGAGACGUUUGGAAAUCUGCCUGAAUUCAUCGAGUGGCGAGUGGCCUUGAUGGAAGAUGCCCUGCAAGCCCUUGGAAUCGACAAGGCCACCAAACCCAUCUCUGCGACCUACGACCCCUACAAGAUCCUCCAAGUUCACGAUUACAAGUCUAUCAGCUUCCUUCGCCAGUCUCCCGUGGUGAAAGCUGCCAGCACCGAGACGAUCAAGAUCUUCGCGCAAAACUACCCCGAGCUGCUCAAGGAAAAGUUCUUCGUGAACGUUCCAGCAUUUAUGGGAUUCAUUUACACGUUCAUGAAGCUGUUCGUGGCCGCAAAAACAAUCAAGAAGUUCCACCCAAUGAGUAACGGUGCCAACCUGGCGCGGGAAAUGGCGACUAGCAGCAAGGUGAAAGGAUUGGGUGAGAUGCUGCCGGAAGAAUACGGUGGAAAAGGGGAAGCUCUCAGUUCUGCCGGAAGACAGCCAUCACUCGAGGACGAGACUCCAGCGGAGUGA